AAAUAAUCAAGUUUACACAAUGAAAUUUCGAUAAAUGUCAAAUUUACGAAAAUAAUUGAAAAUUAAACAUCGACCGGAACUUUUAAAGGAGAAAAAAAAGAAAAUCAAAGCAAAAAUAUCGGAAAUAUAGCAGUGAAAUAACAAAAAGAAAAUGAUUUACUCAUACGAAAGAAAAAUAUGAAAGAAAUCAUGGAAGAUGGUAGAAUAAAUGGAAUAAAAUUUCAAGCAACAACAUUUUCAUCAGUAUUGGGACACGCACAGUAUUAACAAUUAACUUAAGAAAUAAUAAAUCUGAAAAAAAUGGAUAAGAAAGAUAAGAAAGCGAUCGAAGAUGCUUUAAAGAAUUCAUUUAUGCCAGGAAUGGCUGCCAAUCCCUCUGCUUUCUUAGACGCAGCUUCAUUAUUAGCUUAUUGGGGAAACGGAACAACAAACCGUGACGCAACUUCAAUGCCCUUUUUACCAUUUUCCGGUGGAUUUGGUAUGCCACCAAUGAAUUCAUCACCUUCAUCAAGUUCUUACGACAAAACCUCAUCUCAAAUGCAGCAAGCCUCAUCAAAUUUAAAUGCCAAUUGGUACGCAAUGGCUCAAAUGGCAGCUCAGGAUUACUUUUCACGUUUGCAAAUGUCUGGAAUGGUUCAUCCCGAUAUGGCAAAUUUUCCAUUAGGAUCACUCAAUGCAUUGCAUAAUUCUCCAUCAUUACCUGGAAGUUCUUCUUCAGGAAAUCGCCAUAACUUAAAGAGAAAGGAAAAUUCUGAUGAUAUUGGGAAAUCAACAAACUCAAAAGAUAGCUCGAAGAAUCGAAAUAACAACAAUCAAAGCUUAUCGAACACUCACCAAAACACUUCAAAUCUUCAAAAAGAGUUACUAGCAAUGUCAGUAGCUGCAGCUGCAUCGUUAAAUUCAGUUAAAGACACUGAUGGACAAAUGUUGAAAUCGUCAAGAAAGGGAAAGAAUUCAUCACGAAAUAAUCCUUAUAGUCAAAGCCAAUCACCAACACAAUCAUUCCAAAGUUCAUCAAGAUCAAGUGAUUAUCAAAGUUCUUCUAAAGAUCUACAAAAAAAUGCAGCAAAUUACUCGAGUAGCUCAUCAUUGUUAGGCGUUCGACUUCCACCUGAUACAGAAAUUAUUAAAUACACAUCAGGAUCAAAAAAAUCAUGUAAGUAUUCAAGAAUCUUUUUUUUAUUUAAACUUUCAAACAUUUUAUGUGCUUUAGUGUUCUUAGAUCUGCAAAAUUUUCUUUUAGCAAACUCUAAUCAAUCGCAGCUUGAAAUGGAUUAUCAAAUGUAUCCAAAGAAGACAAAAUUGGAUUGUUAUGAAGAGAAAUCAAAGAAUGAUCGUGUUGAAGUAAUUAAACUUCCAGCAACAAUUAGUGGAUCAAAUGGAAGUGUUAACGCUAAAUCAUUGUCAUCUGAAAAUAAAGAUUGGAAUUAUGAUGCUUCAAACUUAGUUUCUAAAAAUUCUCAUUCCUUCAAUGAUGCUGCCGAUGCACCUUUAAAUUUGUCACUGAAAUCAUCAUCAUCAAGUUCACCAAAACAAUCAUCAACAACAACCACAACAACAUCUACUAAUGACAUGAAUAAUGACAAUGUUUUAGAUCUGAUAAUGAAUAAGAAUUCUGGAAAGUGCUCAGACACAAACGCAUCAGUUAACAACUUAAGUAAUUUACAAAGUUUAACAGCGGGGAUUGGAAUUUUAAGUGGAGAUUCAAAAGGACAAUUUAAAGAAGGGCGCCCAAGAAACUUGGGAAGAGGAGUUUCAAAGCCAAAGAAAAACACUGUAGCAUCUUUGCUAGCUCAAAGCCGAGCUGUCGGUGUCAAACCACAACAAUUAUUAAAUGCAAAUUGUGAUUUUGAAAAAAUUCGCCAAGCAUUGUUAGAUUCCAAUCACAAUAAUUCCGAUGUCCAGUCAAAUACUGACUCUGAAAGUUACAAUGACACAUCAGGUGUGUCUGAAUCUGAAGGUGAGAAUGAUAAUGCGAAUGUGGAAGAGUUAAGGAAACCACUUGUUGAUGGUUGGAAAAGAGAAACAAUUAUCAGAGGUCUAACAAAGUCAGGACAUUUGAAAGGUGAUGUUUAUUAUUAUUCACCUUACAAUCCAACUGUAAAGUUAAAAACAAUGGCACAAGUGAAACAGGAAAUCAGUAAAAAUAAAUCGCAAUUGAAAGAUGUUAAUUUUAGUUUCACGGCAAGAAGAAUUGUCGGAAGUUACUUACAAGCAGCACCAGCUCCAUAUGCGACUGACGGUGAAUAUGUAAGAAUGACUGAUUAUGAAGUUGCACAACGAUUAGAAGAAAUUCGAUUGUAUACGAGACAAUCAAUGACACAGUUGAAUGUUGAACAACGAAUAGAAAUUGCACGUCAACAACAACUUCUUCGAGAUGCCAAGAAAAAUAUUAAAGAUGAGACUAUAAAGACUAAAGAAAAAGUAAAGCACAGCAAGGAAAUUGAACGCUGUGAGAAAUAUGAACAACAAAGGAAAGAACGAGAACAGAAAACGUUGCAACAUCAAGAAGCUCGUCGUAAGCGUGAAGAAGAUGCAGCGAGACAAAAGAUUGAAGAUCAACGUAAGAAACAAGAAGAGAAAGAACGCCGUCGUCAACAUUUAGCAAUCAUCAAGCAGCUUGAAAUUCGAAGGAAAUAUGAAGAACGUGAGAAGAAACGACAUCAAAUGUUGUUGGAGAAAUUGAUAGCACGUGAGAAGAAAUUGGCAGCUAAGAAAUUUGAUUCGAAAAUCUUAUUGGAACUUAGAAAGCCAAAAGAAGAUUCUGAGAUAAGAAAUAAGAUUGAAAUACCAUCAAUACCUCGAAUUGGUGGCAUGCGAUUAGCCGGUCAAGGAUUUGCUGAUCUUCUUAUGAGUUUUGAAUUUCUUCAUAAUUUCGGUGAAACUUUAGGAUUUGAUAUGGAAUCUUUACCAACUCUGCAAUCGCUGCAUAAUGCUUUAAGUCAUGAAAAUGCUGUUGAAGCUGAAGAUGAACUUUUAUCUGUCAUAACUCAUCUUUUAGUGUGUGCCAUUGAAGAUCCAGGCAUUCCUAAUCCCAAUCGGCAUUUAACAUUGUUGGGACAAACACUUAGACAAGCCGACAUAACUCAUCAAAAUGUUUCAGAGAUUUUAAGAAUUUAUCUUUACUCAGUGGCGACAGGUGAAGUUCGACAACAGACUGGAAUAAAUUUUGAGAGAGAAAGGUGUGGAAAGUUUGGUGAUUUACAUAAUAACGACACAGAUGAGAGACAAACAAACAUUAACAACAGCAAGAAUAUGCAAUUUUAUGAAAUUCUUCAUGACAACGAACGUUACAAACUUUCAGAAAGUCUUAAAGAUAAACCUUUUGUUGCUUUGAAUUCGACAGUGAAAGCACAGAUAUUAGCAAUGUUAUGCAAUGAUUUGCUUCUUAAUAAAGCUGUUUGUAAGCAGAUUGAAAGUGGUUUAGAAUCGCAAGCUGUUCUAAAGAAGGAAAGAUUUCUCCUUGACAACAAAGUGCGUAAAUAUAAAUCGCUAGUCGCGCGAAAGAUUAAAAUCGAACAGUAUGAAAAGUCACAACAACUUUUGAAGAAAGAAAUUGAGAACAAUGAAGAUGACAAGAAUGGUUCAUUGAUUCAGGAUGAAAAUCAAAUGGGAAAAGAUGAGAAAGAAGUCGAAAAUGUUACGGAAAAGAAUGAAAUUGAUGAAAAUUCUUUAAAUACUCAAAAUGAUUUACAAACGAAAUCUGAGAAUCAAGUUGCUGAUCGAAGUGAGAUUGUUGUUGGUGGUGGGAGUGCGAAUGGUGGAAAAUUAGAAGAGAAACUUGACGAUGAUAACAGUGAAGAUGAAAGUGAAAUUGAAGAAGAUGAAGAUAAAGCAAUGACAUCGGAUGAAGUUCAAAAGAAGCUUGAGAAAAUCUUAGAACAAUCAUUUCAUACAAAAAAACAACUACAAAAAGCUCUCAACUCGUUAAGAGCGAAACAUUAUGGACAAGACAGGUAUUGGCGUCGUUAUUGGUAUCUGCCGAAAUGCGGCGGCAUUUAUGUUGAAGGGUUGGAGUCAGCUCAAGGGGAUUUGUAUAAAUAUCAGGGAAGAUUGGAAGAGAUUUUGAAUAAAGAUGUGAUGACAGCAAAAGAUGUGACAGAAAAUAAUGAAACAACAGGAAAUGAUGAAGAAGAAGAAGUUAUUAAAGAAGAAGAGGAAGAAGAAAAGCCUAAAAUAUUAAAUUCCAAUAACAAUUCAUCACAAAACGAAGAGAAAGUUCAGGAAAACGUUUUUAAUACACCACAAAAGAGUCACAACUUAAACAUGCAACAUCAUAAUAAAUCAAAUCAAGAAGACGAUGAUGACUUUGAUAUCGAAAAUUCCAUUCCAACAGCAAUUCUUGUUCAAAAAGGAAACAAAUUAGAUGACUCAAAGUUUGUUGAAAUUAAUCAUGUCGUUCCAUCGAAUCCAAAUCAAUCAUCGAUUGAUGAUGAACAAAAUAUGAUGAAAGAGAAUUUAAAUGAAACAAAUAUGAAUUUAGAAGCGACAUCGAAGAAGAUUAAAUAUGAGUAUGAAGAGAAUGAUGAUGUGACGAUGGAAGGUGAUGAGAAUGUUCAUAACAACAUUAAAGAAGAAAGUGAAGAAAGUGUCAACGAAGAUAAAAUCGAAAAUCCUCAACUUUUGUCAAAAUGGUUUUCAUUGAUUGAAAAGGAAGUUCCAUUGGUAGCAACAGAAUGUCCGCUUCUCUCCAACAUGUUUAUUAUUUAUCAGAAUCAACAAUGCAAAGAUGAGCUCAUUCUGCAAGGACAUCAAUGGGAGAUUCAAAAUAAUUUACAUUUCUACAAUCCAAAAGCUGAUGAGAAGCAUGAAAGUUUCAUCGAUUUCAAGAACGAAUCAAUUUUGAGUACGUCAGGUUUGAAUGAAAAAAUGAUGAAUCAAAUUAUGGACAGUGAAAGGAAUGGCGGAACUUUAGGAGACUUUAAUGACAUGAUUAAGAUCAAGAAAGAAUCUAAUAUAGAUAUUUCUUCAACAAAUAUGAAGACAAAUAAUUUCUACAAUCAAAGUCAUUUGUUUUCAUUGCCAUCGAUUCAAAACAUGUCGAUAAAUAAUUUGAGUGUGUUUGUGCAGUGUGAGAAUUUAAAUUCAACAAAUAUUACACCGGAAGAACAAGACGCUUUGGAAGAUGUGAAGAAGAAUGGCGUGCAGAAGUCACUUGAAGGAUCUUUAGUGCCAAGAGAAACACGACAUGGAUGGUGGAAGAUUUCUGAGAUUGAAGACAUGAAUAGUGUCAUUAAAAGUCUUCAUCCGAAAGGUGUUCGUGAGAAGAAUUUGAGACAAAACUUAAUGUCGGCGUUGGGUGAAAGUAUAGACUUGACAAUUCCAUGUCCAGUUUCAAAUCCAAGAGCGCCACCGCCACCAAAUGGUUACGUCGAGCCUGAAGCAUUCAAUGCAUGGAAUCCAAGAGUAGCUAAACGUGUCGAACAACAACUUCUCGAUCAAGUUGAAGCAUUAGAAGAUAAAAUAGCGAAUGGAUCAAUGCAAGUUAAAGGAUGGAUCGUUCCACAACGUGACAAUGAUUCGGAGAGUGACGAUGCACUUGAAAGUAUUGAUUUGAAUCUUAUUAAAGAUCGCAUAACAAAUCUUGAAGCAGCUAUUGAAAGACGAUAUUUGAAACCACCACUUGGAAACAACACUGGAGAAGCACAAUUAAUGAAUGCAACUGUUCCAAGUGAUCAAAAUAUUUCAAAUACAAGCAAUGGAAGUAACACAAGUUUGACUGAUGUUGAAAGUGUUACAAAAGGUUUAUCGUCAUGGCGUGAAGCUGUUCAACGAUCUGUUACUUCAUCACAAUUGUCAAUGGCACUUUAUACUCUCGAGCAGUGUGUUGCUUGGGAUAAAAGUAUAAUGAAAGCUAAUUGUCAAUUUUGUCAAUCGGGAGAGUCCGAAGAUAAACUAUUGCUAUGCGAUGGUUGUGACAGAGGAUAUCACACAUAUUGUUUCAAGCCUAAAAUGGAUAAAAUACCAGAAGGCGAUUGGUUCUGCUACGAAUGCUUGAAUAAAGCAACAGGAGAAAGGAAAUGCAUAAUUUGUGGUGGAAAUCGCCCUCAACCAGUUGGAAAAUUAAUUCUUUGUGAAUUAUGUCCACGAUCAUAUCAUCAGGAUUGUUACAUACCACCAAUGCUUAAAGUGCCAAGAGGAAAAUGGUAUUGCACUAAUUGUGCAAGUAAAGCACCGCCUAAGAAGAAACCAGUUCGAAAGCCUAAAGAACUAAAGACUCAUAACUCAUCUCAAUCGUUGGAUUCAUCACAUGACGAAGUUAUUCCGAAUAGCCCGGAACCAUCGUUGACAUCAAUUUCACUUGAAGACCAUCAAUCAUCAAUCUUAAAUUCAACUCCAGUGAUUGCAAAUAUAAGUGAACCACCAUCGCCAUCGUUCAAUCUUCCUGCUCCUGUUGGAACAACUGACAUCAAUGAGUUAAGCAGCAAUGACGAGAAUAACAUUGAAAAGAAUGAUCAUUAUUCAAAGGAUCAUAAAGAGAAAGAUGAAAUUAAAGAGAAAUUGAAGGCUGAAAAGAAAGCCGCAAAGAAGCUGAUGAAGGAACUCACGAUAUGCAAAAUAAUUUUAGAAGAGAUGGAGGUUCACGAAGACUCAUGGCCAUUCUUACUUCCAGUAAACACAAAACAGUUUCCAACUUACAAAAAGGUCAUUAAAAACCCAAUGGAUUUGUCAACUAUUAAGAAACGUUUACAGGAUUCAAUAUAUAAAUCUAGAGACGACUUUGUCGCAGAUGUUCGUCAAAUUUUUGAUAAUUGCGAAGUAUUUAAUGAAGAUGAUUCCCCUGUUGGAAAAGCAGGACAUGCUUGUAGACAAAAAUUAAAUUUUGAUGAUGAUGAAGUCAAAGGCUCGAACGACAACAAAUCGCGGGCUACUAAGAAGUCUUCAGAAAUAAAUACAGGAGCUAUUCAAAAAAAGAAACAUCCACUCAAGAUGAUUAAGCCUUCCAACUCAUUUAAACAAUCGGAUACAGAAAGUCCUUCAAACAUGAUGAAAAUGAGAAAUUCCCAAUUGGGAAAGUCUGCACCUUCAUUGAACGCUAAAAGCUUAAAGGAUACUUCAGAAUGUCCAGUCAUAAUGCGACGAGUUCAUCAAACAUCACAAAUUCGUAGCCCUGCAGUCAACCGCAUAAGUUUUUCAUCUUGUUUAAGUCCACGCUCUGAAUCACCAAUAUCAAGAUCACCACUUGAUAGUCCUCGUAUCAAUUCACCAAGCGCAAAUCACUUUCAAUUCAUGCCAUUUAAAAGAUUAUCAGCUAAUAAAGUUCACGAUAACUGCCGUAGAUGGUCGAUUGUUUCUCUGCCAUCAAGUUCGGGAUAUGCUAGCACUACAACACCUUGUAGCUCUAACAUUUCUUCACAAUGCUCUAGUCAGGAGCGAUUGCACCAGUUCCCUCAUGCACCAACAAAUGAUGAGCUACGAUUAUUAAAUAAUCGUUUUUCGGGAAAUGAAACAACAAACCGUACUCACCAAGUAGUUCAGAAGCAACAAUCACAUCCACUCUCACAGAACACAACGAAUGUUUCGCCACUUACCAUUCAACAACAACAACCAAACUUUAGAAAGAGUUUCACAUCAUCACAUAAUUCUUCUUUUCAAAAGAUUUAUCCUUCAUCAUCGACACCGCCGUUAAACUCAAGUGACACAAGUAAUGAAGGAAGUUUACAUGGUGAAAGACAACGUCCGAUGGUGUUUCGUCCACGAUCAAGAAGUCUCAGCUCACCAAGUCGCUCACCAAUUGCAGAUGGCAACAACUUAUCAACAAUGAAUCAUUUGUUCAAAGAACGAUUUCCAAAAGCACAACUUCAAAUGGAUGAACGCUUAACAAACUUCAUUAAUGAAUAUAAAACUUCAUCCACAUGUUCUAAUCGCAAUCGAGAUUCUCAGCCAAUCGUACGAUUUGUAACCAAUCAAGUUGUUGAGAUUGCACGAGAUUGUCUUCAUAAAUCACAUUCGAAGCAACUUCUAACCAGUCGAUAUUUUUGUGAAAUAAUGCGACACAACAAUUAUGUUUCAUUACCAACAUCCAACGACACUUCAUGUUUAACAUCAACACCAAUUAAAGGAUCACAAUCUGGUACUGGAACUGGAACUUCUGGACCGAAUGAGCAUGAUUAUGAGAUUCUAAAAUUAAUUUCAAAUGGAGCUUAUGGUUCUGUUUAUCUCGUCAAACAUAAAACAUCACGACAACGUUUUGCAUUGAAGAAAAUUAACAAAAAUAAUUUAAUGUUGAGAAAUCAGGUUGAACAAGUGUUUGUCGAACGAGAUAUUCUAUCAUUUGCUGACAAUCCAUUUGUCGUGAGUAUGUAUGCAAGUUUUGAAACAAGAAAGCAUUUAUGUCUUGUCAUGGAGUAUGUGGAAGGUGGUGAUUGUGCUUCACUUUUGAAGAAUACUGGUCCAUUACCAUCAGAUAUGGCGCGACUUUAUUUCGCUGAAAUGGUUUUGGCUGUUGAAUAUCUUCACAGUUUUGGUAUUGUUCAUCGAGAUCUUAAACCAGACAACAUGUUAAUAACAGCUUUGGGUCACAUAAAAUUAACUGAUCCAAUCGUACGAUUUGUAACCAAUCAAGUUGUUGAGAUUGCACGAGAUUGUCUUCAUAAAUCACAUUCGAAGCAACUUCUAACCAGUCGAUAUUUUUGUGAAAUGUCAGAAAACUUGCAACGUCUUCUUGUUGAGACGAAUGAAAAGUCACCGGAAGCCGCUGGUGAAAUUGCAAGAAUCAUUAAAAAACUCAUUCUCAUCAUAUCUCGUCCCGCUCGACUUCUUGAAUGUCUUGAAUUCGAUCCAGAAGAAUUCUAUAAACUUUUAGAAGCGGCUGAAGAUCAAGCGAAAAGUCAUAUCGCUUCUGAUUUACCCAUUUACAUCAUCACAAAGCUUGGUCUGAACAGAGAUCCACUCGCUGAUUUACAGCAAUCAAGCAGCAAUGAAGAGGCAAACGAACGAAAAUGUGAUAAAUCCCCAAAUAUUAGCAGCUUAGAUGACAGCAAUCGUCAAAGUGAUAAUUCUAAUGAUGAUAGCAACAGCAAAACAAAUGACAAAGAAUGUGACAUAACAAUUGUUCCAUUACCGACAUCCAACGACACUUCAUGUUUAACAUCAACACCAAUUAAAGGAUCACAAUCUGGCACUGGAAAUGGAACUUCUGGACCGAAUGAGCAUAAUUAUGAGAUUCAAAAAUUAAUUUCAAAUGGAGCUAAUGGUUCUGUUUAUCUCGUCAAACAUAAAACAUCACGACAACGUUUUGCAUUGAAGAAAAUUAACAAAAAUAAUUUAAUGUUGAGAAAUCAGGUUGAACAAGUGUUUGUCGAACGAGAUAUUCUAUCAUCGAGAUAUUCGAUGGCAAUUAUGAUGAAAGAUCAACAAAGAAUUACAAAGAGAAUGCAUAAGAUUUGUACAACAACAUGGCAAUGGUACGAUAUUUCCUCAUCCAAAUGGAAUAGUUAUUCGCCACAACAUAACAAAAUGAUUAAUGACGCUUAUAUGGCGGGUGAAAGUGAAAUUCAUCUUGUUCUAAGUCGUCAUCGUUACAUCAUUAACUUUAAAUGUAUGUCACAAAUAAAUGAAGAAAGUUCUAAUCAUCGUCCAAUCAUCAUGGCUUUGAGAUCAAUUGAGACGAUGAAUAAUCCAACAAUUGGAAGUGGAAUUUUUGAUGAAAAGGCGGAAGAAGAAGAAGCUAAAACUUAUGCGAAAGUUCUCGAAGAGAUUGAAUUGGAGCCGUUGAGUAAUUUUUGUCCAGAGGAAAUUGUCUCAUCAUGCGUUCAAUUGAUGGCACAUCAACAGUUAGAUCGUGAUACAUUACAUGCAAUAAUGCGAGUUGUUGUUCGUCUUACAAAGAAUUAUUCACUUGCUGAAGUGUUUGCAAGAUUCGGUGGAAUUGACGUUCUACUUAACAUGAAACAAAAUUCUGGUUACAUUGGAUUUACAACACUUGCAACACUUCUGAUUCGUCAUGUGAUUGAAGAACCAAAAACAUUAUCACUUUCAAUCCAAAAUGUUCUCGCAAAUCGAACAUUAACAACAAUUCCGCCAGGUCAUCGUGAACUUUUAUUUCUUAUUCGUCAAUUAAAUUCUGCGGUUUAUCGUGAUCCACAAUUGUUUAAAGAAGCAGCUUUAAAGAUUCUUCGUGUUGACUUUGAUUCAAUGAAACGUUCACAAAUCACUGAUGAGAAACGUUUCAUUAUGAAAUCAAUUCCAUUAUCAACAAAUAUUAAAUACAACAUGGAACAUUCAACAGCAAUGUCAGCUGUUUGUAAAUUAUUAAAAGCAUUAAUUGAACCUGAUGAUGUUGGAAAUGGCGCUGGUGGAAAUGCCGAUACAAAUUCAUGUAACAUGAUGUGGAUACAACCAGAAAAAACAUCGACAAGAGAUGGACCGAGAAAAGAGAAAUUUACAGCAACAAAUGAGCAGCCUCAACAACAAUCAGCUGAUGAUUUGAAGGAAAAACAAAAUGGCGGCAAUAACAACAGCGACAAGCCACUUUUAUCAAAAUCAGCAAUCUUGAAGAUUCUGGCNAAUCGCAAUCGAGAUUCUCAGCCAAUCGUACGAUUUGUAACCAAUCAAGUUGUUGAGAUUGCACGAGAUUGUCUUCAUAAAUCACAUUCGAAGCAACUUCUAACCAGUCGAUAUUUUUGUGAAAUGUCAGAAAACUUGCAACGUCUUCUUGUUGAGACGAAUGAAAAGUCACCGGAAGCCGCUGGUGAAAUUGCAAGAAUCAUUAAAAAACUCAUUCUCAUCAUAUCUCGUCCCGCUCGACUUCUUGAAUGUCUUGAAUUCGAUCCAGAAGAAUUCUAUAAACUUUUAGAAGCGGCUGAAGAUCAAGCGAAAAGUCAUAUCGCUUCUGAUUUACCCAUUUACAUCAUCACAAAGCUUGGUCUGAACAGAGAUCCACUCGCUGAUUUACAGCAAUCAAGCAGCAAUGAAGAGGCAAACGAACGAAAAUGUGAUAAAUCCCCAAAUAUUAGCAGCUUAGAUGACAGCAAUCGUCAAAGUGAUAAUUCUAAUGAUGAUAGCAACAGCAAAACAAAUGACAAAGAAUGUGACACAACAAUUGUUCCAUUACCGACAUCCAACGACACUUCAUGUUUAACAUCAACACCAAUUAAAGGAUCACAAUCUGGUACUGGAACUGGAACUUCUGGACCGAAUGAGCAUGAUUAUGAGAUUCUAAAAUUAAUUUCAAAUGGAGCUUAUGGUUCUGUUUAUCUCGUCAAACAUAAAACAUCACGACAACGUUUUGCAUUGAAGAAAAUUAACAAAAAUAAUUUAAUGUUGAGAAAUCAGGUUGAACAAGUGUUUGUCGAACGAGAUAUUCUAUCAUUUGCUGACAAUCCAUUUGUCGUGAGUAUGUAUGCAAGUUUUGAAACAAGAAAGCAUUUAUGUCUUGUCAUGGAGUAUGUGGAAGGUGGUGAUUGUGCUUCACUUUUGAAGAAUACUGGUCCAUUACCAUCAGAUAUGGCGCGACUUUAUUUCGCUGAAAUGGUUUUGGCUGUUGAAUAUCUUCACAGUUUUGGUAUUGUUCAUCGAGAUCUUAAACCAGACAACAUGUUAAUAACAGCUUUGGGUCACAUAAAAUUAACUGAUUUUGGGUUGUCAAAAAUGGGACUUAUGAGCUUAACUACACAUCUUUAUGAGGGAUAUGUUGAUAUCACCAACGAAUCACGUCAAUUUUCUGAUAAACAAAUCUUUGGAACGCCUGAGUAUAUUGCUCCUGAAGUGAUAUUAAGACAGGGAUAUGGAAAAACGAUUGAUUAUUGGAGCAUGGGAAUUAUUUUAUAUGAAUUUCUUGUUGGCUGUGUACCAUUCUUUGGAGACACUCCUGAAGAAUUAUUUUCACAUGUUGUUAACGAUGCAGUUAUUGAAUUUCCUUCGGAGGAAGAUUGGCCAUUAGAAGCUAAUAGUAAAGAUCUUAUCACAGCUUUGUUACAACAAAAUCCGCAAGAUCGUUUAGGAUCAGCAGGACCGCAAGAAGUUAAAGAUCAUCCAUAUUUAGCUGACUUAGAUUGGAAUAGUUUGUUGCGUUAUAAGGCUGAAUUUAUUCCAAGACUUGAAAAUGAAGAAGACACAAGUUACUUUGAUACUCGUGCUGAUCGAUAUAAUCAUGAAUUUGAUGACACAGACACUGAUGAUUCGCCGGUUUUGGCUUCAAACUUCGCAUCAUACUCACCACAAUAUCGAAAGCAAUAUCAUAGUCGUCAGAUUUAUUAUGGAAGUGAUGACAGCACAAGCAGUUUGAAUGAAUCAGGCAAAAUAACACCAGAUUUCAGACAUUUAAAUAUUAAUCCAUCAAAGAUUAAAAUGCCUUCCACACCUGUUGAUUCGCCAUUUGAUUUAUCAAGUGACAUAAAUUCACCAGAUCGUCAAGCUCCGCCAUACUUUCUACGACAUCAACAAAUUAAGAAUGUUUUAUCGACAGCUGAAGUAUUGGAACAACAAAAUCAAAGACUUCAAAAGUCUUUCAAAAUGCUUAACAUUAGCACACCAGACUCAUCACAAACAGAUCACUCAAGUGCUGAUGAUGUAUCACCGAAGAUUCAGAGACGAAGGAAGAAUCUUAUUGCAGCAGCUGCUGAAGAGAAUGCAACAAGAAAGAAUCAUAAUCUGCCGAAAUUGUCAAUAUCAUUGGAACAUGAAACGCCGUCACAAUUACUUCCAUCACCAACUAUUCAAAACGCUGAUCAUAAUUUGAAAUUAACUUCUGAUAACUUAAAUAAACGCGUUCUUAAGUCAGCAUCGGCGAUUGAUUUGAGUUUGAAGAUUAUGCCGAACUACACAACAGCAGAUAAAGUUGUCCCAUCAAAUGUCCGUAAAGCUAAAGUUAAGUUGGAAAGCAAUUUCGAAGACAAUCGACCAUUAAAGCAAAUGGGAAGUGAUUCGAAUCUUGAUCUUGAUUCAUCAUUCAAUAAAUCAUUUAACAGCAGUGGAGGUGGUAAUGGAAGUAGCACAGCGAGUAGUCGUGAAGUUAGUCCAUCUCGUGAUGGUCCAUUAAUAAAUAAUCUUAAACCUCCAAUUAUUUUACGACGUGGUCCACGAGGCUUUGGAUUUACUGUUCACACAAUUCGAGUCUAUUUUGGUGACACAGAUUAUUACACAAUGCAUCAUACUGUUAUGGCAAUUGAUGAAGGUUCACCAGCAUAUGAAGCUGGUUUACGACCAGGAGAUUUGAUCACACAUAUAAAUGGUGAAUCAGUGCAAGGACUUUAUCAUACACAAGUUCUUCAAUUACUUCUCUCAAGUCAAGAGCAUGUAACAUUGAGAGCGACUCCAUUAAAAAAUACAAGCAUUCAAGUUGGUGGACGUAAAAGGGAACCAGGCCAAAGUAAAAUGGCAAAGAAAGUCAAUUCACGUCCGAAAAAGCAGAAAAGUUCAAGUGAUAAGAAGAGACGAGCGUCACUCUUCCGACGAAUCAGCAGUAAAAUUGCAAAUGCCGAAAUUCAACAGAUGGCUUCAAGCGGCGCUCUUUCGCCAAUCGCUCCAAGUCGAAGUCUGCAAUCAUUCGUUCGUUCACAAGAUACUCGACCAAAUCCAAGAUUGAGUUUAUCACCAUUAGAUCCAUUCUAUCAACAAGUAAAUCUUUCGACACAAUCAGUUGGUGGAAAUUCAUCACAAUCAUCAUCACCUUCAUCAUCUGUUCCCAAUACGCCGACAUCUAAUUUGAACACAACAACUCCAAUUUAUCAUCAAAGACCAUCAAGUCUUCAUGGUUUAAAACAUAAACUUCAUACAAUUGGAACUGGGAAAUCGCCGUCAUCAAGUCGAAGGAAGUCAGUUUGUGUGAUUCCACUUUCACCACUUGCUCGAACUCCAUCGCCAUCGCCUUGUGGGCCAAGUUCACCGACAAGAUCGCCAAGUCCAUUGGCUUUUUGUCUUGGACAUCAUCCUGCUGGAGCUUCAAACUUAACACAAAGUUAUACACCAAACCAAUCGUCAGCUAACAAACCGCAGUCAUCUCAUAGGAUUCAAAAAGCUCAUAGCUUUAAAAGUUCCAGAAGCUGUUAUUUUAAUGAGAUCUUUACGACUAUUAUGAAAAGAAAAACCAGGCAACAAGAUAAGAGAGAAGAAGACGACCUAGUGAAGAAAAAAGUUUCUAUUCUACGAAUUGCUGACUUACAAUCUAUUCUCACCAAUUCAACGUAUUCAAAAAAUGCAAGAAAAGACGAGUUACAAAAGCUUGUUUAUUAUCAAUUGAAAACUGCCUCUGGUAUUAAACGUGAGGAGAUAAAAAAAUCAAUUGAAGCCUGUUAUAAUAAAAUGUUGGUUAAUAUUUCUAUUAAAGAGAGUAACUUAAUAAUUUUGAAAUAUUUUAGUAAAUCUAUUGCCCCAUCAAGAGUGAAAACACCAGAAAACAUGUAUGCGCAACAAUAUAACAGCAAUCCGCUUGCACAUGGCAUGGUUUCUCCGUUCAACAGUAUUUCCACUGGAUUUCCCAUACAACCUGACGUCAAGCUCAAAAGGCUUGCAUUCUACGAUACGCUUGGUACACUUCUUCAGCCUUCAACACUUGUUCCAAGCAGUCAAGCACGACAACAAGAAGGAACUUAUUACUUUCAUCUCACACCUCAACAAGCAACUGAUAUUGCUAUGAAUCGUGAUUUGAGAAAUCAAUCAAAACCAGAAUAUUUGAUUCAAGUUCAAUUGAGAUUUUGUCUUCUUGAGACAACAUGCGAACAGGAAGAUUAUUUUCCUCCAAAUGUUCAGUUGAAAGUUAAUGGAAAAAUGUGUCAACUGCCGAAUCCUAUUGCUACGAACAAACCUGGAGUUGAACCGAAGAGACCUCCAAGACCAGUAAACAUCACUCCACAUGUGAAAAUAUCACCAACUGUCGCAAACGUCAUUCACGUUCAAUGGCAAACUGAAUUUAAUCGUGGAUUUGUCAUUUCAUGCUAUCUUGUACGAAAGUUAACGUCUGAUUGCUUAUUGCAAAGAAUGAAAUCAAAAGGAUCAAAACCAGCUGAAUUUACUCGCGGUCUUAUAAAAGAAAAAUUAAAUGAAGAUGCUGAUUCAGAGAUUGCAACAACGAUGCUUCGUGUGUCACUUAUUUGUCCAUUAGGAAAGAUGAGAAUGUCAACACCUUGUCGAGCUUCAACUUGCAUGCAUUUACAAUGCUUUGACGCGAGUCUUUAUCUGCAAAUGAAUGAAAGAAAACCAACUUGGAAUUGUCCUGUUUGUGACAAAGCUGCAUUUUAUGAGAAUUUAGUUAUUGAUGGAUAUUUUCAAGAUGUUAUUGCCUCUAAAAAGCUUGGAUCAGAUGACAAUGAGAUUCAAUUACAUCCUGAUGGCUCGUGGUCAACUUUAGCUCAAAAACCUGAUCUACUUAGUCUUGAAACACCGAAAAAGAAUAUUCAAACCGUUGAAGUUAUUUCUGAUGAUUUGGAAAUGAUAACUGAAGACUUUCCCAAAUCGGCAAUCAAAAUGCAUCUCACAUCAGCACAACCAACAUGCCCAGCGAAGCCUACAGCAGACACUGUUGAUUUGACGCUGGAUAGUGAUGAAGACGAUGAGUUGUCGAAGAAAAAUUCGACAUCCAAAGGCCAACAAAUGAAAGCUAAAAGCAACGGUAUGUAGAUAAAAACUGCAUCCGAAGACUGAGUUCAAAAAAGGCUUUUUUAACGCAAAUCAGAAAAGAAAACUUAUUUAUAUUUUAUCCUUAAAACGUUUUCUUUUUUAUAAAACAAAAUCUAGACAUUGUCCUAUGUUAAGUUUAACGUUUAAACUCGCAAUGUAAAUAUUUUAAAUAAUGUGCAGGACAACUGAUAAGUUCACUCAAACUUCAGAUUCGUUUACUAUCUUGAAAGGUAGAAAUGAAAGAAAUGUCUUGAAAGUUGCGUUAAUGAAAAGAAAUUUAUGUUGUGAAUUACUCAAUAUCAGAAUACAAAUUUCUAUAUCUAUAAAAGAAGUGAAAAUUUUUCCAUCUCGAUUGUUCCAUUUUCAUAAUUUUCUUUUAAUUUCAGCAACUAAAAUUCAACCUUCAAUUUUAAAAUUCUUAGUUAAAAAAACUGAAGCGAAUUGAAAUUAUAAAAUCUCUGAUGAAUUGUAGUAUGAAGUGAGUGAAGAAUCUGAAGAUAAUAGAUAUAAAUUAUACAUUUUCAAAUAAUAAAAUAAAUGAAAAG